CUAACAGGUAAGAUUCUCUAAUUUGGGCAUUUUCUCGAGUUCCAUAAAUUGUAGCUGUAACUACGGAACAAGGUAUACGAUUUUCUAAUGGCUAUUCUAGAAUUAUAUACUUGUGCCUUUAGCUCUUUUUACCACAUUCUGCUUAUGCAUGCAUGUUUUGAUUUUUAAAUAUUUGGUGCCAAAUGUUUUGUUUCCUUUUCUAUUUGCCUUUGUUCUGAAAGAAGACGAGAUAAGUAUAUUGUAAUGUGAUGCAUGCAUUGUGGUAAUAGUAUUGUCCUUUGUUACAUUCAUUUUUCAUGGCUAAAAUGAUGCAUGCACAACUCUGAUAGUGGACAUACGUGGUCUUAAUUCAAUCAGAACGUAUAGUUUCUCCCAGAAUAGUUCAUUUGCUUUUCUGGACGAAAGUUUGUCCUUUUUUUUUUUUUUUUUUUUUUUUAAUUUCUUAAAGUUCAGGAAUAUACUUAUCCAUCUCAGCCUUAUAAAUGGGGAAAUGUUAGAAAUUUUAUACAAUUCAUUUAUCCGUUUCAAAAGCAUUCGCUACUGGAAACAAAGGGUUUUUCCCAUCGACGAAUCAGUGGGAAAUUUGAGUUAUAAAACAUGAUUUUCCACCUCAUUCCCACCGAACCAGCUCACUGGAAAAACGCAUGGUGGGAAACAGGUUCCAUUGAAACGCUGAGCAACUUUCUAAUUUUUUCGUGUGAAAACACUACCAUUUUUUUCUUUUCUCACCGAUUCAAUCAAAAUAUCUGUGGGAAUAGCCACUGAACAUUUUAUUUUAGUGGGAAAUUUCAGUAGGAAAAUAGUGAUUUUUUAGUAGUGAUUAUUUGACUGAGAAGAAGCAUUUUGAAAAGAACUAUUCCUUCAUCCUACCAAGUAACAUUGUUAUCUUAUCAGUAUUAUAUCUGUUGAUGUUGGUCCGCCAGAAAUAAUAUCACAUAGUUAUUCGAGUAACUGGAUGCAGUUGGAAUUGUUCAUAUAUAGCGAUAUGAUAUAUUCCAAGUCUUCUCCCUUUUUGAUGUGGAAGUCAUGAUUUUCAAGUUUCAUAAUUUAUAAAUUACUUAAAUUUGUUUUUGAUAUUAAUUAGAAAAUUUCUGCUCUGUUCAGCUUUCUCCUAAUUUCAAUGUUUGGUUAGUACUUUCACACUUUGCUCUCAUGUAUUUCAUGUUUGAAGAUCCUUCACUAGGACUUAUCAGUAAAUUUUCUUGGUGGAAUUUUUCUAUCUAAUGCACCAUAUAUCAUUAUUCGUGAUUUUCUUUUCUCUAUUCAAGUUUAUGAUAGCUCUCUAAGUGUUAGAAUGUAACCAUGUUUAUUAAGACAGUUUGAUGUUAAAAUUCUUCAUCUUUUGAUUUUUUUUCUCUCUCUCAAAAGAUCUUCAUCUUUUGAGUUAGUUUUUGCAGUUUGGUUAUGUUGAAGAUCCAUUUGUUAACAUGGUAUUAGAACCAUGCCAACACACCUAUGUUGUGUGAUUCUCAAUGUUUGGCUCCCUGUUAUGUUGGUGUGUUAGGGCAUCUCAGUAGGUUGUCAGAGUGACAUGUCGUCUCUGAAUAUCAGAUAAUAAUAUGCAACAUACAAAUGUUGAAGUUGUAUAUUAAUUUUAGUAAGUUAAUUCUCAUUUUCAAAGAAAAUAAAAAAUUAGUAAGUUACUUCCUCCUUCAAACUUUAGUUGUUUAAUUAAUAAUCUAGAAUGCUAAUACUAAGUCAUAACUGUGGGAAGUAGGUGUCAUAGAGGAGAGUGUAAGUCGAAGUAAUGAACCAAACAAAAUUCUUUCGUUAGUGAUCUCAUAGUAUCUUUCCUCUUUUAUUCGGUUUACUUUCUAUUCUUAGGCCCUUCUAAUGUCUCAGUUUCCAAAUAAUUUAUCAAGUGUUAAUUUCUUUAAUUAAAAAUAGUGGAAUUCCGAUGUUCAAAUUUCAUAUAUUCUAGUCACCGUGUAAUGAUCAAUAAAUUAAAUUAAAAAAAAAAAAAAAAAAGACAGAGAGAAAGAUGUCACAAACUCCCUCUUGUUCUGAUCUAUCUUUUGGUAAAGAUGAUUAUUACAAUGUAUUUAACAACUUAAUUUCUAUUUCAUGGAAUGAUUACAUGCAACUGGAGAUUUGUUACAGUAUCUCACCAAGCCCUUUUAUUAUACCCUUCGGCCAUCCAGUUUACCAAACAUGGUUGAAGUAUACACUACCUAUACAGCCGAAACAUGGUUGAAGUAUACAAUACCUAUACGCUUCGGCUGUAUAGGUAGUGUGCAGGUAUGUAUAUUAUGUGUAUAGGUAUGUAUAUUAUAUGUAUAUGUAUGUAUAGGUAUGUAUAAACUACACAUAUACACUGUGUACAUAUUUUGUAAACUAAAUGGCCGAAUGGUAUUUGGCUGUAAUUUUCCCUUUUUACUUCUCCCACUUUGUUUAAGAACUCUGUUUUUCAAGACUCAGUAAACAGUAAAUUACCUCCAAUUUUCUUCUACAGUUUCUGGUAUUUUCUUUCUCAUUGGUUUCUGCUUCACUUGAAUCUUCAUGCAUGCCUGUCAUGGCCAUACUUUGUAUACAAACAUUGCAUAUUGAUUCAGCUAAGAGUGAAUUUUGUUGUAUAAUUUCUCUUGUUUAUAUUGCAUGCAGUAUGCUUUCUUUUAGUCCCAUAGUCUUUUUAUAUUAAAAUUCAGUUCCGGAAUUUGGAAGCGCUAAUGGGAAAGGGUUCAGAGGGAGAUAGCGAUUGGGUAACCAAGACCCCACUAAGGCUAGAGGCUGAGUCCGACUCUGAAUACAAUAAUUAUUCAUUUCGACCGAGGAAACGAAAGGUGAUAUUCAGCUCGGAAGCAGAUAAAUAUUCUCUACGUCCAAGGAAAAUAAAGGACAGGUUUAGCUUGGGUGCAGAUGAUGAAAAAAACCACAGAUUCAAAGGCUUGAAAUUUAACAAGACACUGAGGCUGCGAGCUGAAACUAAGAAUUAUAAGCCAAAAGUACCGCGUGACGAUGAUCUUCUUAAGACCUUUAUCCCUCGGACACCGAAAUGUGCGACUGCUGAAAGAGCAAGAGAACUCUCAGGCGAAAGGGAAAAAUUGGAUGAGCCAAGUGGAUGUGGAUUUCAACAACCUUGUACGUCUAUUGGUAGACAUUCUGAGAUGGAUGGACACAAUAUUAUCGGAGAUCAAGAACGUCCUUUACUAAGAUCUUGCAAGAAAGCAUUGCGUUUUGAUGAUCCAAUUGUUAGAGCUGUUAAUAGGCCUGUUUAUGAGAUCCAAAUAGCCGAUAAUCUCCCAUGCAGUCAGACUUUUUCGGAGGAUCCAAGCUCAUCAAAAAAGUUCAGCCGAUGUGUCCAGGUGUAUCAUAGAAGACAUAACAAGUUCAAAAAAGUUCAACCAUUCUUUGAGUGGCAUAGCAAGCCUGUCCAGGUGUACCAUCGAAGAUUUAAGAAGAAUCGGAGGCAUAGCAAGUGCAAAACAGUUAAGCCAUUCUUUCAGGAAAGGCGGAACAAGAAGCGGAAAGCAUCGGUUUUAACAGAAGGUAUAAAGGACAGUCCAGGGAAAGAUGCGUCAAUUCACAAGAAACCAAGGCGUCAAGUACCUAGCAGUGAAGGUGGACCCAUAGUGAAACAUAGUAAGAAUUCUCAAGUCCAUCGCAAGAAGCAAGAUGCACUAGCUCCAAUCAAUGAAACACCUAGUGACAAAGACAGAAUGAUCUUGAGAACCAAAGUAAUCCUUGAUGAGGAGACAAUACGAGAAUUGGAAUUUCUGAUGGAAAAACCGGAACAUGAAGGCUGCAAAUCUGAAAAGUGUGAUGAAAGAUGGGAGAAAGAGAGGGAAUUGUUCUGCGGACGGGUGAUAUCAUUCAUUUCUCGCAUGCAUCAUAUCCAAGGUGAUAGACAGUUCUCACAGUGGAAAGGUUCAAUUGUAGACUCUGUGGCUGGGGUUUUCCUAACUCAAAAUGUGUCGGACAACUUAUCAAGCUCUGCUUACAUGUCCCUUGCUGCUCAAUAUCCUUGUUAUGAAGUCAGAUUUACAUCAACAUUCCAAAACAAUAUUGAAUGUUCAGAUACAGAAAGCAGGGAUGGAGUUGACAUUUGUCAUCCUUCAACCUCUGCUGAAAAUGUUACAAAGACAGUACAAGAAAGCGGAUUGAUGUCAGAGAGAACAACUGAAAAUUUAUUAUCAUGUCGAUCCCGGAACGGAAAUGAAAAGACCAAGCUGGAGAAAUCUUCAGAAGGAAGUGCUAACCAGGGGAUACACCGAAGAACAAAUACGAAUGUGGGGAAGAGGGAAAAGGAGGAGAUAUUAAAUGAGCAAGCUGAACCAGUCUUGAGAAGGAAAAAUAAAAAUGCAGACUUGAAAAGUGAAGCCAUUAAAUGGGAAAAUAUGAGGAAGUCAUCUGCCUUUGUUAAUCGCAAAGAGAGAGGUGCUAACACGGUAGAUGCCAUAGAUUGGCAUGCAGUCCGUGCUGCAACAGCGGAUGAGAUAGCGAAAGCUAUCAUGCAAAGGGGAAUGGACAAAAAGCUUGCACUAAGAAUUAAGAAUUUUAUCAAUCGUGUGAUCCUAGAACAAGGGAAUGUGGAUCUAGAAUGGCUACGUGAAGUUCAACCAGAAAAGGCUAAGGAGUACUUGCUGAGCAUUUAUGGUUUGGGAAUGAAAAGUGUGGAAUGCAUAAGAUUGCUAAGUCUCCAACACCAAGCCUUCCCAGUUGAUACAAAUGUAGGACGAGUACUCGUGCGAUUGGGUUGGGUACCUAUUCAACCACUUCCAAGAGGACAAGAUAUGCAUCUUUUGAAAAUGUACCCGGAUGCGAAAGAUGUUCACAAGUACCUCUGGCCACGGUUGUGCACACUCGAUCAUCUAACACUAUAUGAAUUUCAUCAUCAGCUAAUUACCUUUGGAAAGGUCUUCUGUACAAAAUCAAGCCCAAAUUGUAAUGCAUGUCCAAUGAAAGCAGAAUGUAGACAUUUUGCAAGUGCUUUUACAAGUGCAAGAGUUCCCCUGACAGGGCCGCGGGAAAAGAGCUCUGCAAAUAUUGAUACUGCUUUAGCACCUGUAGACAGUGCAUUCUCUGCAGACAGUUCUUCUGCUCCGGCUCAAGCAAAUCAUGUUUCUUCUUUUGCCGAAGCCUCAAAUUCAGAACAUUUAAUGGGAGAUCACCAGAAUGAGCUUAUCACCUAUCCAGUACUUGAAUGUAAUGGAGAAACAGACCUCGAAGAUUAUUGUGCCAGUGACAUACCUAUGAUCACAUUUGAUCGCGAGGCGUUCAGGGAAAAUUUGUUAAGUUACUUAGAUGAGCAUGAUCUCUCGAUAAAAGACAUUGACCUGUCUAACGCUUUGGUCAUUGCCACUCAAGAAGCACCUUUGCCUAAAUGGAAGAAUAUUGGUCGGUUAAGGACGGAGCACCAAGUCUAUGAACUUCCAGAUUCACACCCGCUGUUAGAAGGGCUAGAUAAACGAGAACAGGAAGACCCUUGCCCAUAUCUACUUGCUAUAAGGACACCAGGAAAUGCAGCUUCAGAAGAACCUACAAAAGAGAAGUGCCAAUCCUGCAACUCCGGUGAAACACUAAAAAAGGUCGAGAAGUGUGAAUACUGCAAUUGUGAUGAAACCCAAAACAAGGUCGCUCCAUUAAAUAUGGACCCAGGAGGCAAUAAUCAGACUGUUCAAGGGACACUUCUGAUUCCGUGUCGAACAGCAAAUAGGGGAAGAUUUCCACUCAAUGGAACAUACUUCCAAGUAAAUGAGGUUUUUGCAGAUGAAGACUCCAGUCGACAGCCAAUUGAAGUUCCAAGGGCAUGGAUAUGGAACUUGCGAAGAAAGACCCUAUAUUGUGGCACCUCCAUCAGAGCAAUAUUUAGAGGGAUGUCAACAAAAGAAGUACAGAAUUGCUUUUGGAGAGGAUAUGUAUGUCUGAGAGGAUUUAACCCCAAAACACGAAAACCUGGACCUCUUCCCCUUGACCUUCAUCGUCCAAUAAGCAAGUCAGGAAAAUCAAAGGGCGAAGCAAGGCUGUCUUCAGAAGAUCAAAGAGAAUGAAAAUUAUUGUUGGAGGCAUGUCUAACACAAGAAGGGUUGAAGAAAAGAGGCAUUAAUCUAUGUAGCAGAUGCUACUUAUGUACAGAAGACAUUGAAAGUGAAGAUCAUUUGUUUGUUCACUUGCAAAGUGGCUAGAGAUCUUUGGAAUUUGUUCAGUAAUAUUUUUGGUAUAAGCUGGAAAUACCAAACCUGUGUGGUCUCUACACUUUUUGAAAGCUAGAUGCUUAAUUAAUCUUUAUUCUUGGAGUAAAUAUUCUGAUGUAAAUACGUCCUUAGACCUCUUGGAUUUUGUAAGCUCCUUAAACUGUUUGGAAGGUGAUGAUUGGGAGGGACUUUGUUUUUUGUAAUUAGCUGCAUCCUCUGGAUGCUUGUCUUAUAUGAAUCUAUUUAACUUGAUCAAAAAAAAAAAAAAAUGCUUUCAUAUAAGUGCAUAUGGGAAUGAC